AUGAGAAUUAGCAAAUAUACUUCAGUACCCUCAAAAGACAUUGAUGAUGAACAUAAUGAAAGUGCUUUAAGUGAGCCUGACUCCUAUGAAACAAUGGAGAAUGAGGAGCGUGAGAUUAUGCUUAGUAAAGAAAAGGGAGAAGACGAUACUGUAGUCGACAUGGGUGAAAAUUGGGAGGGCAGAGGGUAUUCAAAAAAUAAUACAAAUGAAAGAUCAAUUCUCCCGUGUCUUAUUAUUGCUGCUGUUUUUAUAAUCGCAUGGGUUGGCUCAACAAUCAUAUACGCAUAUUAUCGUUCUACCACUAUCGGGACCACUUCCACUCUAAAUCGUAUACAAUUUGAUGAAGUAUAUAAUGGAGGUUUUUAUCCUCAAUAUACAUCAUUGAAAUGGAGUUCAGCUGGGGAUGAUGAUGGUGUAUUCAUUUAUCAAGAUGAUGAUAAUAUUAUUUUGGAACAAAUAUCUGACAGAUCGAAAAAAACUUUAGUGAAAAGCACAGAUAUUAUUGAUGUAUAUUUGCUGGAAAGGAAGGAUAAAGAACUUUUGAGUUUAGCGGAAAAAAAUAAGAAAGAACUUUUGAGUUUAACGGAAAACAAAAAUAAAGAACUGAAUAAGGCUAACAAUUUAGCAGAAAACAGAGCACAAGGUCUAUUGCAAACGGAGCAUAUGGUUAACGUAAGGGGUGCCUUGGAAUUUGUUCGCGCGCAGAUUUUGUCAAAAGAUAUGUCGAUCGUCUUUACAGAACCCGUAGAUAAGGCUCUGAUGCACUUAUCUCAAGAUGAAGAUUUUAUCAAAAUUUUAAAGAAAGC